AUGCUCAGCCAACUUUCCAGGGUCACGCGCGCCACCUCGGCCGUCCGCGCCGUCACUCGAGUUGCCAGAGGCAAUACCGUCCAGGUUCGAGGCUUCAUCGCCCCAACCGUCUCAAGGAAAGCGUGCACGGCUAACAUUCCCGUCCUCCUCGCCUCCCCGACAGCCGAUUUCGUCCAGGAUCUCUACCUGAAGGAGCUCAAGGCCUACAAGACCCCCGCCGUCAAGGAGUCCGACGCCGAAGGCCAAGUCCAGGCGUUCACGAUGCCCAAGACCCCCGCGUCGCCCGAAGAGGCCGACCUCGCCAGCAACCUGAAGGAUUACGAGAGCAUGGCCGUCGAGAUCGAGGGCCAGGAUGCCGCCCAGGCCGGCCAGGGUGAUGCCGCCGCCCUCCCCGACUGGCUCGAGGCCGAGGAGGACGACGAGCCCGCUCACUAA